AUGAUCAAGAAAGCAUGUCUUGGGCCCGGCCCACUUGCCCUGAUCGCGAUCCUACCCGUUUUCCUACUAACCAACCGGAUACGGGCCGACCCGAGAACCCAAACCGUCCUGUUCACGUGCGGAACCCAGCCGGAGGACAACCGGACCGCCUUCGUCCCCAAUUUCGUGGCCGCUAUGGAGAACAUAAGCUCCCAAAUCCGGGUCUCGGGCUUCGGCACAGCCUCCGUGGGCUCCGGGCCCAAUACGAACUAUGGGCUGGCCCAAUGCUACGGGGACCUCUCGCUAGUGGACUGCGUCCUCUGCUACGCCGCGGCCCGUACGCUCCUCCCCCAAUGCUACCCUGGCAACGGUGGCCGCGUUUACCUCGACGGCUGCUACAUGAGAUCCGAAAACUACACUUUUUUCGAGGAGUGGGCUGGGCCCGGAGACCGGGCCGUUUGCGGGAACGUAACCCGAAUGGGCCCGGGUUUCAGGGACUCGGCCCGUCAGGCCGUGGAGCAAGCGGGUUCGGCUGCGCCGGGUAAUAACGGGUUCGCGCGGGCCCGUGUGGGAGUGCCCGGGGUUAGGAAUGUGUCGGUUUACGUUCUUGCCAAUUGCUGGAGGACAAUAGGGGAACGGGCCUGCCGGGCCUGUUUGGCGAAUGCGACUGAAUUGGUUUUGGGCUGUUUGCCGUCAACUGAGGGCCGGGCUCUUAAAACGGGCUGUUUCCUGAGGAUUAUAGCUAUUGUAGUGGCAUCUGUUAGUGCAGUAGCUGUUUUGAUAACUGGAGCUUAUAUUGGAGUUUACAUCUGGAAGAACAAAGUGAUUGAGAAGAAGAGAAAAGGUGAUGCACAUAAACUGGUGAAAACUCUUCAUGACAGCAGCUUAAACUUCAAAUAUUCGACCCUCGAAAAAGCCACCGGUUCUUUCGACCCAGCAAACAAGCUCGGGCAGGGCGGGUUCGGGACAGUCUAUAAGGGAGUUUUACCGGACGGGAGAGAAAUUGCCGUGAAGAGGCUCUUCUUCAACAACAGGCACCGAGCAGCUGAUUUCUACAAUGAAGUCAACAUUAUAAGUAGCGUAGAGCACAAAAACUUAGUCCGGCUGUUAGGUUGCAGCUGCUCGGGACCUGAAAGCCUUCUCGUUUAUGAAUUCUUACCAAACCAAAGCCUCGACCAUCCAAUCAAAGGCAAGACAUUAAACUGGGAGAAAAGGUUCGAGAUAAUUAUAGGCACGGCCGAGGGCUUGGUUUACCUUCACGAAAACACGAAUGUAAGAAUUAUACAUAGAGACAUUAAGGCAAGCAAUAUCCUCUUGGACUCGAGAUUAAGAGCGAAAAUCGCAGAUUUCGGGUUGGCCAGGUCUUUUCAAGGAGAUAAGAGUCACAUAAGCACAGCCAUAGCAGGAACUUUGGGAUAUAUGGCCCCGGAAUACCUAGCACACGGCCAGCUAACAGAAAAAGCCGAUGUCUACAGCUUCGGUGUUCUUCUAUUUGAAAUCGUGACCGGUCGAAUGAAUAACCGAAGCAAAAACUCAGAGUACUCGGACAGCCUUAUAUCCAUAGUGUGGAUUCAUUUCCAAGAAAACUUGGUCGAAAAGCUACUCGACCCAAACCUAAUGCAGCAUAAUUACAACAACAUUAAUAUAAAAAGGGAAAUGUUGCGUGUGGUCCACGUGGGACUAUUGUGCACGCAAGAAAUCCCUUCUUUAAGGCCAUCAAUGUCGAAGGUUUUACUAAUGCUGGUGGAUAAAGAGGAAUUACCUGCACCGACUAAUCCUCCUUUCAUGGAUGAGAAAACCAUGGAACUAAACGACUCGAGUGGAAAUACAUUAUUACCCAUCGACUGCAGCAAUGGUGAUUCGGUUGCAAAUAUGUCACAUAGUAGCAUUUACUAUCCAAGAUUUUGUAGAAAAGAAUAUUUUCACUUUCCUUUCUCAUCAGAGGAAACAAUCUUCCCAAGCCGAAAGCUAAAGAUGAUCAAAACACCAAAUCUCGGGCCGGGCCCAAUUGCCCUUAUCACGAUCCUAUCCGUUUUUCUACUUUCCGGAGGCCCACGGGCCGACCCAAGAACCAAUACCGUUCUCUUCGAGUGCGGGAGCCAGGUGGCGGCCAACACCACCGUUUUAGUCCCCAACUUCGGGGCCACGAUGGAGAUCAUAGCGGCCCAAAUCCGAACAUCGGCCUUUGGCACAGCCAUCGUGGGCUCCAGGCCCAAUAGCAUCCACGGGCUUGUCCAAUGCUACGGAGACCUCUCGUUAGUGGAUUGUGUCCUCUGCUUCAUCGUGGCCCGAACUCUCCUCCCUAAGUGCUACCCAGUCAACGGUGGCCGAGUUUACCUCGACGGCUGCUUCAUGAGAUCUGAAAACUACACUUUCUUCGAUGAGUGGGCCGGGCCCGGCGAUCGGGCCGUUUGUGGGAAUUUGACCCAAUUGGGCCCGAGUUUUCGUGAAUCGGCCCGACGGGCCGUGGUGCGGGCGGUUUCAUCUGCGCCGGGUAAUAACGGGUUUGCGCGGGCCCGUGUUGGAGUGCCCGGGAUUAGGAAUGUAUCGGUUUACGUUAUGGCUAACUGUUGGAGGACGGUUGGCGAACGGGCCUGUCGGGCCUGUUUGGGGAAAGCGAGUGGGCUUGUUUUAGGGUGUUUGCCUUCGACCGAGGGCCGGGCCCUUAACACGGGCUGUUUCUUGAGGUAUUCGGAUAUGGAUUUUCUUAAUCCGAUGCCUGCACGUGGAAGCUCGAAAGGAAGGAUUAUAGCCAUUGUAAUGGCAUGCGUUGGUGCAGCAGCUGUUCUGCUCAUUGCAGCUUAUGUUGGAAUUUACAUUAGAAGGAACAAAGUGAUUGAGAAGAAGAGAAAAGUGAAAACUCUUCAUGACAGUAGCUUAAACUUCAAAUAUUCAACCCUGGAAAGAGCCACCGGCUCGUUCGACCCAGCAAACAAGCUCGGGCAGGGUGGGUUCGGGACAGUCUAUAAGGGGAUUUUACCUGACGGGAGAGAAAUCGCUGUCAAGAGGCUUUUCUUCAACAACAAGCAUCGAGCGGCCGAUUUCUAUAAUGAAGUCAACAUUGUAAAUAGCAUACAGCAUAAAAACCUUGUUCGCCUGUUAGGCUGCAGCUGCUCGGGACCUGAAAGCCUUCUCGUUUACGAACUACUCCCGAACGAAAGCCUCGACCGCUUUAUUCUCGGAACAGCAGAGGGAUUAGUGUACCUUCAUGAAAACACAAAGAUGAGAAUUAUACAUAGAGACAUAAAAGCAAGCAAUAUCCUCUUGGACUCGAAAUUCAGGCCGAAAAUCGCAGAUUUCGGAUUGGCCAGGUCAUUUCAAGAUGAUAAGAGUCACAUAAGCACAGUCAUAGUAGGAACAUUCUUUGGUAUUCUUCUCUUAGAAAUCGUGACCGGUCGAAUGAAUAACCAAAGCGAAACCUCAGACUAUUCAGACAGCCUUAUAUCCAUAGUGUGGAGGAAUUUUCACGAAAAGGGGGUCGAAAAGCUACUCGACCCGAACCUAAUGCAGCAAAAUUGCAACAUCAAUACAAAAAACGAGAUUUUGCGUGUAGUCCACGUGGCGCUCUUGUGCAUGCAAGAAAUCCCCUCAUUAAGGCCAUCAAUGUCGAAGGUUUUACUAAUGCUGGUGGGUAAAGAAGACUUACCGAACCCGACUAAUCCUCCUUUCAUGAAUGAGGUAACCAUGGAACUUACCGAGUCAAGGGCAAAAAUGGUAUUUCCACUCGAGCACAGCUAUGGUGAUUCUAUUGCCAACUUGUCCCACAGCAAUUUCUAUCCUAGGUGAUGUUAGAGAGUUCGGCUCUUUAUGUAUAAAAGCUACAAUAUAGAUAUCUUUCGGAAGAGAGUUGUAGAAAAAAUAUGUAUAGCGAAAGGAAUACUUACAGACAAGAUAACUAUAUUCAUAUAUGCGAACAGAAUAAAUAUCUUGAUAAUUUAUUAUGCAGUUUUCUUGCUUAUUAAUACGGUUUAUUGGAAUAAAAUUAUGAGUGGAGUUUUUUAAAAUCGAGUUUUAUCGACAUCACAAUAAACUCCAC